UAUGAAGGCUGUAACAUGCAUGAGAGAAGCCUUAUACGAACGCUUACUUAUGAUACUGAAAAACGAGACAAACAUAACGGGAUGUUUACAACUUAAUACAUUCCCAAGAGAGGAUACCAACAACAUAUACAAAAUUGGAAGAACUUUCUUCGCUUAUUUCACUCCAAUUAUAAUCAUUAUAGGGGUAGUUGGAAAUCUUUUAUCAUUGCAUGUGUUUCUAUCGCAAAAUCUGCGGUCGCUAUCGGCAAGCACAUAUUUGGCAGCCUUGUCCGUAUCUGAUCUGAUUACUAUUAUAUUUUAUGUAUCCGUGGAAUGGAUAAGAAGAGGAUUGACAUAUCUAUUUCCGGCAACAAACGUAAAAAUUCUUGACGUUGAGGGACUUUGUCAGUUCCAGCUUUACAUAUCAUAUGCGUCUAGAUUUGUAUCAGCAUGGCUUGUAGUAUCUUUCACUAUAGAAAGAUAUGUUUCCAUUUGCCAUCCGUUAGUACGGAGAAACAUUUGUACGAGGAGAAGCACGAUGAAAGUGAUUUCUGGAGUAAUUCUAGUUUCGUGCACAACUGUUCUGUAUAAACCUGCAUUGAGUGGUAUUUACACAGGAGCAACUGGCACGCUAUAUUGUACAAGCUUGCCUCAAUAUGGUUUACUAUCUUUCUCUUGUGAUUCUAUUUAUGCAGUGUUUAUCACAUUUGUUCCUUUUGUUGUAAUCACCAUUCUCAAUAUGUUGAUAAUUCGAAAGCUUAUGAAACAAAGAAAAAACGAGAUAUGCAGACAAAUCGUAACUGAAGUGAGUGUUAUUCGACUAGAAUUCACUGUAAUUCACCUUGCAUUAUCAAUAUGCUUUAUUCUUUUAAAUAUUCCAUAUUUUAUCUUAUGGUUUCGUAACUUUCUUUUAUCAAAAUAUUUGUUUAAUUCUGUUGUUAGCUCUUCAGCUGUCAAUUUAAAAUACUGGCAAGGAGUGCUUUAUUUCGUAAGAACUAUAUUUUAUAUGAAUUACUGCAUCAACGUCUUUCUAUAUUUAACACUUGGAGCUUAUUUCCGACACGAAGUAAGAGCCUUACUUACAUUUAAACGCUUCCGUCGAAAAUAUUUUGUUUUCCCGGUUACAGUUCAAACGGACUCGUACCAAACAAGACUCUAGCAAAUGCAUACUAUGUUACCUUAAAUCAUUUUAGUGUGUUGAACGUCUAAAUAUACUCUUGAAUGCCCUGGACAUUUAUCUGGAUAUUUGAUUGCAGGCAUAAAAGACCUUAUUCAAAGCAGAUUCGAAAUGAUAUUGCAUUAGCAAAGACAUUUUUCUCAUUUCGUAGUAAUUGAAAAAAAUGGUUUUCUAGGAGUAUCAAACAUAUAGAAGUUGCCGUAUAUAAACAGCACACUGGCAGUUCAUCAAGUGUUUGUGUGUGUGCCCAUUAUAUUUCUCUCUUGCAAAACAGAACAAUACUUUUAUUAUUGUCUGUCAUAAAUCAUUAAUCAAUUAAAGCAUUCAUACGGUCAUCUCAAAUUAAUCAUAGGAAAUCAUAUGUAAAAAUCAUAUUAGUAAAACUUUAAGCUUACUGAACUAGAGCUUAUACGAUUUGGUGUUGGAACUAUUA